AUGCCACGGCCCCUCGUGUCGCCCCGUCGUUCAGGGGUACGUUUUUUUCAUCACCCUUCCACACUCCUCGCUCUCCUGGACCACAUCCUGCCGCAACAACAGCAUCCAUAA